CAAACAACUCUACCAUUCAGCCCAUAGAUAUCUCCAGCACAGUCCAUGCAUCUGAUUCCGCUUGCUAUCUUUGCUGCCACUGCGGCUAUUGCAGUCAAUGGUGCCCGUCUUCUCACUAGCCACUUGGUGACGCCAGGCAUCCUCCACAAAUGCCCAAACCCCCAAAGACAUCAAAGCCCGCGCAAAGCAGAAAGCGAAAAGCCAACUGUAAGGUCAUCAACUGCCAGUACCAAUAUGGCGACUGAUGCGCCUACUUUUGCUACUGCCAAACCUGCGAUUCCUGCUGUCGAUGUAGUAGCCAUUAGUCCUAUGCCAUCGUCCACCAACUCCAAACCUGUGUCGUCGCCCCCUUAUGCAGCUCAGGUAAUUGGCUCACCAGUGGCGCCAAUAUAUGGUGCAAAGAAAGGGUACUAGCAGUGCUGCAAGUGUCGGUCACAGUGUCCUGUUCCAUUAUCGCAGGUCGAACCAGUUUG